UUUUUUUUUUUAAACCGCUCUCUUCUAACCUCUUGUGCUUUACAUUAAUAUAGUUCCGCACAAAUGCCUGCUUAUCAAUCAUCUUUUGAUGCUACUUCUUAUCAAUUGCUAAGUAACCUCUCAUUGUUACCUUUGCGAACUACCUAUAAAGGGCCAGCCCCUAAAGCAGACUCGAGUACUGAGGAUGUUAUUGACGAGGCAUUUAAAUAUUACCGGGCGAAUGUGUUUUUCAAGCAAUUCGAAAUCAAAACUCCUGCCGAUCGUGUUUUGAUUUAUGUAACGUUGUUUAUUCAAGCAUGUUUAGCUGCCACCAUGAAGUGCAACACCGCUAACGAAGCUAAGAAACAACUAAACUCACUAGCACUUACUAAUUUCUCCAUUCCAGGGGACCCUUCAUUUCCUUUGAACUCUCUUUAUUCUUCUCCAAAGAACCAUAGCGAAGCCGAAACUCUACGACAAUUUUUUCAGCAAAUUCGAAGUGAAGUUGUUGAGCGAUUUGUUCCAAUUGUCUUUAAAGAUGACAAGCCGGAUAAGUGGUGGAUGUGUUUGGCUAAAAGAAAGUUUAUGAACACCAGCAUUGAUUGAAUUUAUUUCUAAUAAAU